UGUGGAUAGGUCUAUUCAAAUAUUAAAAAUAUCUUUUGUGGAAGGGAAUUUGUGCCGAGCCAAGGCGCAUAAUUGAAGACCGGUAAAAAUUGGCAGAAAAUGGAUAAACUUAAAUGUGAGAGUGGUAGUAGUGCACCAUGGGGCAAGGCAAAGAAGGAAGAAUUUGCAAAAUUUGCGGAUUGGGAAACUUGGGACUUGAGCAAACUUGCGCAAGAGAUGGACGCACGAAAAAACAUGCUCAAAGUAUUUCGAGAGGAAUCUCAGUCUCAAUCAAUUGCAAAUAUUUUGAAAGAGGAAAAAGAUGCACUAAAAGUGGAACAACUCAGGAAAAACAGAGUAGCCCAGCUCAAGUCUAAGAGGGUUUCAUUGCAGCAAGAAUUGAACUUAAACCAGGACAAAAAUAGAAGACGUGAGGAGGAACUUGAGAAGAAAAAAGCUAAUCUCAAGGACCGGAAACAAAAGGGCAAUUUGCAAUUGAAUAAGGCAAGAAAAAAACUAGCCGACAUUAUACAAUUGGGGCAUCGCUUGUUGGAUACAAGUCGUGAAGUUUGCAUAGCUAAUAACCUUGACCAGAAAAUUAAAGAAACUACAGAAAGUAUUGCUAAAAAACAACCAAAACUUGCUUUAAAGAAAAAACAAGAAGCGGAUGAACUAAUUCGAUUAAAUGUUGAGAAAGAAAUGCUGGAAACACAACUGGAAACCAUAAAUAAACAAAUAAUAUGGAUAAGGAAUGAAAAGGAAGUUCGGGUAACGAUAGAAUCGGAAAUGGCAAAAGUGCUUUCAACCCUCGAAAAAGAAAAAAACGAUCUGACGGCUCAAUUGUGUCACGAAAAGAACCAACUGAUGAUGCAAAGACAAAAAAGAUUCAAACUUUUGAAGGAUAUUGAAAAUUUAAAGAAGGAAAACGAAGACGAUAAACGUAUUAUAGCGGAGGAGGAAAUGGAAUUGAAAAAACGUAUGAAAACCGCCACGAGGCUUGAAAGAAGAAUUAGCAAGGCAGAUGCUCCUAAAAAGAAGAAAAAAGAUAUAAAUAAAACACAAUUGGUGACUAAACCGGAAAUAUCAGCAUUUGAUGAACUACUAAUGAGUGCACAAUCUACUCCAAUGGAAAGAAAAUUAAGUUGUUGAAAAUUUUUAUGUCAAUACAUAAAACCAUAAUUAAUAGAAUGGAAAUAGAGUAAUUAUAGUAGAAGAUGG